CCCCGAGCUCCCGGAGCCCAGCGCACGGCCCGCACCCCGCGCCGUCGGCCCCGGCCCCGGGAUGCAGAACGUGAUUAACACGGUGAAAGGGAAGGCGCUGGAAGUGGCCGAGUACCUGACCCCCGUGCUUAAGGAAUCAAAAUUUAAGGAAACAGGUGUGAUCACCCCAGAAGAAUUUGUUGCAGCUGGAGACCAUUUAGUGCAUCACUGUCCAACAUGGCAAUGGGCUUCAGGGGAAGAAUUGAAAGUCAAGGCAUACCUACCAACUGGCAAACAGUUUUUGGUAACUAAAAAUGUGCCUUGCUACAAGCGAUGCAAACAAAUGGAAUAUUCAGAUGAAUUGGAAGCUAUAAUUGAAGAAGACGAUGGUGAUGGGGGAUGGGUAGAUACAUAUCACAACUCAGGUAUUACAGGAGUGACAGAAGUAGUUAAGGAGAUUACCCUGGAAAGCAAGGAUAGUAUAAAACGAGACUGCUCAGCUUUAUGUGAUGAGGAAGAAGAGGAAGAUGAGGGAGAAGCAGCAGAUAUGGAAGAAUAUGAAGAGAGUGGACUCUUGGAGACAGAUGAGGCUACUCUGGACACAAGGAAAAUAGUAGAAGCUAACAAAGCUAAAAAUGAUGCUGGAAAUGAAGAUGCUAUUUUACAAACCAGAACUUAUGAUCUUUAUAUCACAUAUGACAAAUAUUAUCAGACUCCAAGACUCUGGUUAUUUGGUUAUGAUGAGCAACGGCAACCUUUAACAGUAGAGCAUAUGUAUGAAGACAUCAGUCAAGAUCAUGUGAAGAAAACAGUGACCAUCGAAAAUCACCCUCAUCUUCCACCACCUCCCAUGUGUUCAGUUCACCCAUGCAGACAUGCUGAGGUGAUGAAAAAAAUCAUCGAGACAGUCGCAGAAGGUGGAGGAGAGCUUGGUGUUCAUAUGUAUCUUCUCAUUUUCCUGAAAUUUGUACAAGCUGUCAUUCCAACAAUAGAAUAUGACUACACAAGACACUUCACAAUGUAAUAAAGAGAUAAUAAAUUCUAUGCUAAUUAUUGAUUCUAAUUUUAAAAGAUUUAACCUAUAGAUGUGACCAUACUCACCAAUGAAUACAAUUUCUGUAAUAAAGGGACUUAUGUUUAUUCAUUAAACAACAAAAAAAGAUGUUCCAUUACCAGCCUUGUUUAAUAAAAACCUGUGUGCAAA